GAAUGGCGCCUUCAGAGAUGUCGGAAAUAUUGCUUUUGAAGGCGUUUAAAGCAAAGAGUAUAGUGGUCGUAAAUGCAGCAGCAGGGACUUCAGAAUUAUAUGUUCGGCUACCGGUUAUAAACAGUACAUGAAGUUAGCAAAACGUACAGGUAGUUAAGACGACAAAAAAAGAACGAAAAAGAAAAAAAAAAAGCAGAACGUUCCAUAGACGUUCGUGUCCCUGACAGUCUUUACUGAGGGAAAUGCGCGCCAUCAAAACCCAGACACUGCUACAACUUCCGGUCUACAGUACCUGCAGCAAGUCCUUAAUGUUGUUCCAUUAUUUUCGUGAAGCGGCUUCGGGAACCAACUUGACGUCCGACAAGGAAGAAAUUGCCAGAGAAACAUCCAGCGAGGCUACUGUUUUUAUAUGAUGUCAGCCUCCAAUAACACAUUUGAAAAUGUGAAAGCAGUUAUCUUAUCAGCUCAUAAGAGCACUACAUCAAGAGAAAAGGUCGACUUCUACAACUCCUGGGCAGAGAACUAUGACCAGGACGUGGCUGUUCUAGACUACCGUGCGCCAGGUCUGGCAGCAAACAGCAUCUCUUCCCAUUUCAGUGGUGACCGAGAAGCAGCUGUCGUGUUGGAUGUGGCUUGUGGUACAGGACUGGUGGCCAAACAGAUGAAGAGACAUGGAUUCGGACAAUUUGUGGGUAUUGAUGGAAGUAAAGCUAUGUUGGAGUUGGCCAGAGAGAGCGGGUUGUACCUGGACCUGAAGCACUCCAUGCUGGGAGAGGAGCCAAUACCUUUCCAGUGGGCAGACUCGUUUGAUGUGGUUGUUAUUGUUGGAGCGCUGAGUGUUGGUCAGGUCCCGGUUGGUGUGGUCAGAGAGCUUUGCAAAUCCACCAAACCAGGUGGCUACGUUUGCAUGACAACCAGAAGUAACCUUGACAAUCUGGAAUACAGAGGUGCCCUGGAGCGUGAGCUGAAGCAGAUGGAGGAAGAGGGGCUCUGGAGUUGUGUAGCUGUCACUGAGGUGGAAGACUGGGAGAGAGCAGUGUCAGAGCAGGAGGACGGUUAUAUAUCUGGCGCAGUGUACCUCUACAAGAAACUACAACUAAACUGAAUUAUUCAAAAAGAUACAAAAUAUUCAAAUAACUCACUUUACACUUCAUAUAGAAAAUGUCAGGAUUUUUUUUGACAUUGUCAGUCUCUUAUAGACUCAAGGCUGAAGAUGUGAAACCGCUUUCACAGAUAAUUUAAAUUUAAGACUUAAAAUUUCAUGACCAAAUGUGUCAGUUUCAUGUUUAAUAAAAUCCUUGCUACGUGCAUAUGCAUGUUUCAGUAAAAUCGGUAUCUGAAAAAUGUGCUUGUUGUACUCCUCGAGAACCACUUCAGAUAUCUACAGAUGGACACUAUCUUGUAGAUAUGCAGUAAAGUCCAUAGACAUGAGAACUUUGAAAUAAAAGAAGAUUUAGCUGUGUCAUUGUCUGUGUACUGUGUCUUUAGGACAUUAACAUCUGCUGCACAUUAAUCAGACUAACAAACAUGGGGUGUUACUUAAAUCUAAUGCCACUCAUUUGCUA